UAGGCAACCAAAGAGUGGGUGAGUUAGUAGAUGCCACCAACCUUGCUUAGUUGACUGAGCGAUUGAGUGGCUAAAGUAUUUCCUCUGCCUACAUCCCCCAGAAUGCUGUGCAGUUCUGGAUUAUACUUCAGUAAUUAUUUUAUAUAUCUAAUAUAGAAUAUUUUAUCAGAUCACAUGAUCAAUAUCUGUUGAUAUUGAUUGCGUUCCUAUCACGAUCAAUUAUUGAUGUAUUGCCCAGCUCUACUUUUAACUGACCAAAUGGAAAGUUGUGGUGAAACACCAGUACUUGAACAUGGUGCUCAGCAGACUAAGUCAUUCAUUCCUGGAAUGCAUUUCUGUUUUAUUUGUUGUUGUUUUUUCCACUUCAGCUUGAGACCUACAUGGAUGAGAAGUUCAUCACUAGAGCCUUUUCCACAAUGGGGGAACAGGUGGUGAAUGUGCGAAUCAUUCGGAACAAGAUGACAGGUUCUCCAUCUCCCAGGGGGGCUUUGGGUUACUGUUUCGUAGAGAUGUCGGACGAGGCCACAGCUGAAAGGUGUCUGCGCAAAGUAAACGGGAAAUCCAUGCCAGGAGCCAGUCCGCCUACAAGAUUCAAGUUGAACAGAGCCACAUUUGGGAAACAGGAGGCUGGUCAGAUGUUUUCUCUGUUUGUGGGAGACCUGACUCCAGAGGUGGAUGAUGGGAUGCUUUAUGAGUUCUUUUACAACCGUUACCCGUCCUGCCGUGGUGGGAAAGUGGUCCUUGACAGCAUGGGGAACUCUAAGGGCUGUGGCUUUGUUCAGUUCCCAGAUGAGCGGCUUCAGAAACGGGCAUUGGAUGAGUGUCAGGGUGCUGUGGGACUCGGGGGCAAACCUCUCAGGCUGAGUCUGGCUGCUAAUAACUUAAGAAACAAGCUGCAGCAACAGCAGUCAGAAAGCAAACAGUCAUGGCAGUCCAGCUCAGGAUACAGAUACGGCUAUGACCAGUAUGACCAGUACCAGCAGCAAGCGUAUCCAGGGUAUUACUCCUCAUGGGGGUAUGAUCAGACUGCAGGAAUGUAUGGUUACACUUAUCCUCAGUAUGAUUACUCGCAGUAUGCCCAAGUACAGGAAAGUGAAGCAGUUCCAGAUGAAGAAGCAGUUGAAGAUCCCAGCCUGGUGGUGGACGUAGUGGAGACUAACAGGAGCUUUAUUGACCUCAGUGAAGAACUGUACGAUGCAAUCAUAGACUGCCACUGGCAUCCUCCAGAGUUCUCUGCAAAUCAAGACUAUAUUGUUUCCAACCUGCCUGACCCCAUUUCCAUAUAAAAAACAUUUUCAAUUCCUUUUUGUUUUAUUUUCUGAAACACUGAGGAAAUAAAUUGAUUUUUAUUCAUAAAAGGUCUGAGUUAAGUGAAAUCUCACAGUAGGUUAGUUUUAUCUCUCUUCAGUCACUAUCUGCAUUUUGUUCAACACAUUCAGGAGGUUAAAGAUGAUGGGAAGCUUGAAUGUGUAGUUAUAAAUUCUGAGCAAAAGAAUAUUAGGAAUUGAGGUUGUGAAUUGUGAACAUACAUUUGUCAUAGUAUGUCACCAUUAUUAAUGCAAUAAAAUGUUACAGAACUAAAAAGUUUGCUGAAAAU